GUAGCUGGUGUUUGACUAAUUCGCAUAUUUGCUGAGUAUUUUAUUUUUGUCCCCCGAAAUAUUUUUGGUUUGCAUAUUCUACUAAAUGUAUUUUAUGUUUGUAGCUUGGUGCAUGACAUCUACAAAUGAGUUUCCCCCCUGUGGUUAAUGCAGCUCGUGACAUCAUUGUUUACAGACUGGUCACAGAUAUACAAAUAUUUGCUGUGGUAGUACAAGAGGAAGUAAAGAGGAGUAAGCGAAUUCAAGAUAGCGAACGAGGAGACCGUGGAAUGUAAAUAGUAUGGCUUAGUCAGCCAGCGAAGCUCGUUAACGUUUUCUGUUGAUUGGACCAACAACAGUCUGAAUUUCACUACUUUUUGUUGUUGCCAUUUACGCUGUCAACUGGCUUCAUGGUAUGGUACAAUUUUUAAGAAUAUGGUUACUCGAAUUCUCCAGCUGAUAUUUUCAGACGAAGCUAAGAAGUCAACCAUACCGCAUUGAUAUCCUAAAAACAUACUGAGUCAUCCAUGUCACGAGGCAAGGAACAAGCUUGAUCAGCUCCAUCUCCCUUGUCACUUGUCCAUCUCUCUGGUGUAUUCCAUUGUAUAGUCAGGAAAAGCACAUCUUUCAUAACCAGAUACGUUUUGCCUKCCCCAAAGAUAACUUUGCUCUAGUUUGCAGCUGUACCUGCAAUGGACAGAGGCAGUUCUGUAAGAUAAUUGUACUUUUGUUAAGGUUAAAUUGAUAAGUAUUUUGUGUAAAGAUCAUUAUAUUUUGUUAGAGGAAAUCUUGUAGAGUUUUGUGAAAUCCACUCUGUCUUACAGUCUGAAUGACAUAAAACCGACAGAGCGACUGUGGAUUCUGCUGUAGCCGUCCAUCAACCCUGUUUUGCAAACUAAGGACACUGUUACUCAGGAAUACCAGGGAACUGAUUGUCGGGUAGAUUUCCCUCAAGGUUCACCUAGAAGUUCACUGCCAACUUUUAAAGCCAUGAAUAUACUUAAUGUAAAGGGCUGAGUUUGUUUUUCUACGCUUAUACAGCCUAAGCCUGAAGUAGUCUUUACCGACGAUUUGGCCUUAUUUUCUAUUGAUUAAGUGCUACAUUGAACAUUACCCAGCUAUGGCGGAUUCUGGCACUGAGAUAGUCGGAGGAGAUCUCCUGAGCGUUGUCAAAGAUGACUGCUCUCUGACAGAGGCCAUUUCUGAAGAGGGUGGCCUUACACCAGGGUCCUCUGUGGCUAAAGAAAGCCACAAAGCAGAGCCCUUGGACCGUGAAGAUUCCACCAAKGUCCCAUCAGUCAAGACCCCAAUUAUGGAAGCAGAAGGUUCUGACAAACACAGUGGAACCACACUCACGCCAGCCGCCACGUGUGCCACCAUGUCUGAAAACGGCACAACAGAAGACGCUCAAUCCACCCCGCAGAGCCAAACUCUGACCGAAAUGAACGGGGAAAGCUCAGAGGCCAUGUUUGGAAGGUCGGACGAGAAUAGCCAGUCGGCUACAAGCGACUCUCCCUCCUUCUCCAUCCGCAGCCUGGAGUUCUUCGAGGGCAACACUGGGAAUGACGAGCCAUUGUCGUCCUACUCUGCCCUGGGCAACGAGGGCCGCUCCCCCUCUGCUGACGUCCCCGGCCUGGUCAGUGACGUCCUGGCUGCCGCAGCCACGGGAGGGGCCACCGCCGCRCCGGACCCAGAGCCCAUGAUGCCGGCCUACUACUUUGUGAAAUGGAUCACCUGGAAGGAGAAGAAGACACCCAUCAUCACGCAGAGUGAGAACGGGCCCUGUCCCCUGCUGGCCAUCAUGAACACCCUGUUUCUGCGCUGGAAGGCCAAGCUACCCGCCCAGACAGAAGUAGUCACCACAGAGGACCUGAUGGCUCACCUUGGAGAGUGCGUAUUGUCCAUCAAACCCAGGGAGAAGGCUGAGGGAAUGGAGCUCAACUUUCAGCAGAACAUGAGCGAUGCCAUGGCAGUUCUGCCAAAGCUGUCCACGGGCCUUGACGUCAACGUGCGCUUCACAGGCGUGUCGGACUUUGAGUACACACCAGAGUGUAUCGCCUUUGACCUGCUGGAUAUCCCGCUCUACCAUGGCUGGCUGGUGGACCCUCAGAGCCCUGAGAUGGUGGCAGCGGUGGGAAAGCUAAGCUACAACCAGCUGGUAGAGAAGAUCAUCGGKUACAAGCAUUCGGACGACAGCAGCCGUGUCAGUGAAGGUUUGGUGGCAGAGCAGUUUCUGGAGUCCACAGCGACCCAGCUAUCGUACCACGGACUUUGUGAGCUCAACACUACAGUCAAGGAGGGCGAGCUGUCCGUGUUCUUCAGAAACAACCACUUUAGCACUAUGAUAAAGCACAAGGGCCACCUGUACCUGCUGGUGACAGACCAGGGCUUCCUGCAGGAGGGGGGGCUGGUGUGGGAGAGCCUACACAACGUGGAGGGCGACGGCAACUUCUGCAACUCAGACUUCCGCCUGUGCCACCCGCCCCAGAGGAGCGUCCUCGUGACACAGCCCGACAGUCUCACGCCCCAGCAGCAGCAGAGACAGAUCGACCAGGACUACCUGGUGGCCAUGUCUCUGCAGCAGCAGCAGGGGGCGGCCCCGGGGCCCCUCAGUGACCUGGACCUGGCCAGACAGCUGCAGGAGGAGGAGUACCAGCAGCAGCAGCAGCAGCAGCAGCAACAAGGUCCCUCCCAGGCCCCAGCACAGCAGGUGAGAGGUKAUUUGGCAGCCAAGCCGGGAGGUCAGAGGAGACGGGAGAAAAAGGAUGAUUCCGACUGUGCCAUAUUAUAGCGACACCUAAACUUACCCUAGUCCCCAUUAGCCUGCACUUCAUUGCAUUAAGCCAACCCCUAAUACA